UAAAAACCACCACCUCACAUCUCUUUGAAUAUUGAGACCCAAAAUUUACUCAUUUUGAGACUGCAACUCGUCUACUCCGUCACACAUCGGUGGUUUACGGAACAAAAUCAAAUCCAAUAGAAAAAUGAAGUCGUUUUUUCUGAAAUAACAGAAAUUUCAGACUAAAACAAUACAACAUUCCGCCUUUUAUCAACGUUUUUUCCUUCGCUUCAAAUUGGGGAUUUGGGUUUUCUCCAAAUACAAACCCUAGAAAUUAAAUUGCUGGAAUUGGAAGAAUCACUGUAGUUGAAGAACACAGUAUCAGUAUAUUUUUUGUUUUCAGCUGCUUAAAAUUGAAAUAUGAGGUCGAAGAGACUGGAACUUCAAGAAGCUCAGCAGAAGCAGAAGAAGAAGCUGUCAACAACAAAAUCAUCUUCUGCAAGCGUCAAUGGCAGUUGGGCAAACGAAAUUGUGAGCAUUGCGGCGGAUGCAAGUGUCAAAGCGGUUGCUCUCAAGAAGAAGAGGUUGUCAACAACUAAACCAUCUUCUGCAUUUGUAAAUGGCAUUAGGGAAAACGAGAUUGCGACCGAUCCAGUGGACGAAAGACUCAUUGAUGACAUGCCUGAUGCUGGGGGUGAUAUUAGAGAUGAAGAUACCGACAGGGUUGAUUCUUGGAGCGAUGCUAGAGAUGAAGAUGCUGGCACGCUUGAUACUGGGAGAGAUGCACGAGAUGAAGAUGCUGACAUACUAUAUGGGGAUGGAAACGGGGAAAUGCAAUUUGCAGAAGACCAAUCGUUACCCACCAAAUCUGAUGAAAAUGCUGACAUGCUUGGCGCGAAUGAAAGGGUUAACAUGCAAUUUGUGGAAGACCAAUUGUUACCCACCAACUCUGACAAAGUUGCAGGUUCGUCAAGGAAAAGGAAACGGGAUAUGGUCCAAAGACAAGUAACUGACCCUCAUAGCGAGUCUAAUAAUGCAAACUGCACCGAUAAUGGCCAAGGAAGCACUUCUAUGCCAUCAGGUAUGCGUAAAUUGGUUAUAUUCGACAAAUAUGGGCGGCCUUGUGAUGUUGGGUCAGAAGUAUUUGCAACGGAUAUUGGUAGGAUAGUACGAGUGCACUGUCCUCCUGCGAUUGAGUCUUGGACAAAAGUUCCAAACAGCAUGAAAGAGAAUAUAUGGAAAGAUAUUGUUAUGAAGUAUGUCGUACCUGAAAUUUAUAAGCCUAGUGUUUUGUUAAGGGCUAACAAAGCUUAUAAAAAUUGGAAGCGUCAGCUGCGAGUGGAGUUGGAUAAACAUGAGACCAUUGCUGAGAGGAAAAGAAAUAUGCCAAAACGUAUGAUCAAAAAGAGAGAAGAUUGGGAGAGUUUUGUUGAUUUCUGCAAUACUGAUGAGGAUAGGAAACGUCGUGCAAUUGGUAAAAAAGCUAGAGAAGGUCUUGAAUUUUUACAUUCAUGUGGCAGGAAAGGAAUUCAUCGCAAAAUAUAUGACUUGGAAAAAGAGAGUCCAACUGGUGAAGUUACCAGAGCUGCGAUAUUUCUUGACACCCAUAUUUCCAAGAAAAUAAAUGAUCCUGAAUCGUCUUCAAUCUCAGAUAUUAAAAUGAGAUUAAUUAAAGAGCUUGUAGAAGCUAAUCCAGACGGUCAAAAAGACAUUGGCAACGAUGCUGUCACAUUGGUAUGUGGACGUGAUACAAGAGGUGUUGUAUUAGGCAUGGGAGGAGGUGUUUCGAUUACUAAGGUACGUGCUUCGGCGGCAAGUGUUGAGACUCUUCGCAAAGUACAGCAAGAAAACAAGAGUCUGCAGUCUGAUAUCCAUUUACUCCGAACACAGUAUGGAUUACCCACGCCAAAUCAUACUUCUACGCUCCAAACACGUGAUGAAUUACCUGCACAAGAUUAUACUACUCCACCGUAUACUCUAUCUGCGUCUGAUGUCCAUUCACUCCGAACACACUUUGGACUAUCCACACCAGCUCAUGCUUCUACACCAUCAAAUCAAUCUGCGUCUGACAUCCAUUUACUCCGAGCACACUAUGAAUUACCCACACAAAAUCAUACUUUUACACCAUCAAAUCUAUCUGCGCCACACACACAAAAUCGUACUUGUAGACCAUCAAAUCAAUCUGCGUCUCAGGCACCUGGCACGUCCAACUUGCCUGGUCGUUCACGCUUGGCACCUGAUUUGUCCAACUUGCCUGUCCGUACACGUUUGGCACCUAAUGGGUCCAACUCGCCUGUUCUUUCACGUUUGGCACCUCCUGCGUCCAGCUUGCCUGCCAGUUCAUGUUUUAUAAAGAACUUCAAAGGAAAAACCAUUGCUUUAGGUAGUAUCAACACUGCUGAUCCACCAAUGGAAAAUGUCCAUAGUUUGAUUAUCGAAGAAAUAUUUGACAGAAACGCAGAAUUAUUUGAUCAAGAUGGGAAGCUUGGAGAUAUUCUGAUCGGUGGCGUGAUUACUUGGCCAAAAGCAUGUGUUGUAUCCAACUUCCCUGCUAGCUCAUGUUUCAUAAGAAACUUCAAAAGAAGAAUCAUCGCUUUCGGUAAUUUCAACACUGCUGAUCCACCGAUGGAAGAUGUCUACAGUGUAAUCGUCAAAGAAAUUUAUGACAAAGAUGCAGAAUUAUUUGAUGAAGAUGGGAAGCUUGGAGACAUUAUGAUUGGUGGCGUGAUUAAUUGGCCAAAAGCAUGUGUUAAGCCUUGUUGAUAUAAUGUUUUCCAUUUCUUGCAACUAAUAACUAGAACGUCUAAAUGUGUAAUCCCGGCAACUGUUGCUUUUUGGGUUCUAGUUUUAGAAGUUUUUCCUAUAUCCUGGCAACUAUUGACCUGAGACCAAGUGUGUGCAGUUGCAGAAAAGAGCCCAUGAAAAUUUCAAAAAAUAUUGAGUUGCUGCA